AUGGAUACAGGACAAGAUCUUGAGGUCUUGUAUUCAAAUUUGAAGAGGAAAUAUGCUGUGAUCAACGAAGAGAAAGAUUAUGCUUUGAUACAACUAGAAGAGGCAAAGAAACAAUUGAAAAGAUUAGCUAAAGAGAAAAGAUUUUUAUUAGAUAAAUUACUAAAAUUCGAAGAGGUAUCAUCUGAUGAAAGUGAUGUAGAAGUUAAUAGAGUUCUAUCCAAUAGUGAGAGAAAGGAAAAAGGUUUUGAAAGAGAUAUUAUUAGUAAUAGUAAUAAUAGUAAUAGAGAAAGAGAAAGAGAAAAGGAUAGAGAAAGAGAUAGGGAUAGAGAAAGAGAAAGAGAAAAGGAAAGAGAGUCUAAACUAGAGAGAGAGGAAAGAAGAGUGAAAGAAAGAGAAAAAGAAAAAGAGAAGGAAAGGGAAAGAGAAAAAGAGAAGGAAAGGGAUAGAGAAAGAGAAAGAGAGGAGAGAAAAGAAAAAGAAAGAGAGAUCAAAUUGGAGCUUGAGAGAGAAAAAGAAAGAGAAAAGGAAAGAGAGUCUAAGUUAGAGAGAGAGGAAAGAAGAGAAAAAGACCGUAGAGAACGUGGAAGAGAUAAAGAGGAAAGAGACAAAGGAGAUAGAGGUGACCGCGACAAAGAACGUAAAGAGAGAAGAGAAAGAGAUAAAGAUAAAGAAGGAGGAAAAGAAAAGGAUAGAGAAAGAAGCAGCAGAGAUAAAGAGAAGGAUAAGGAUAAGGAUAAAGACAGAGAUACCGAUAGAAGCGAUAAGGAGAAUGGACAUACUCAAGACGAGAAAAGAAAGAAAUCAUCUGGCAGCAGAUUAGGAGCACAAUUACAUACUUCUUCUUCUGUUUCAUCGUCAUCGUCAUCGUCAUCUUCCAGUAAGGAGCGACUACCUGAUAGAGAUAGGGAUAGAGAUAGAAGAAGCACCGGUGGCGAUAAGAUACAGUCACCCUCUGUCACUCCACUGCUACAAUCUCAACAGGCAUCUGGUAAUCCACCACCAAUUGUAGGCGAUGACUUUUACUCCAACUCUUCUUCGUCAACACCCAAGAACGAGCCGCAAGAAGGAUAUUGUGUAGCUUUUGGCAAGGAUCGUUGGUGCAAGAGCAAGUCACUGCCCAACCUCAAAUACUGCUGGCAUCACGCGCCACUCGAUCCAAACUCUGGAUUCAUGUGGUGUCAAUACGUCGCGAGCAACAAGAAGAACUCAAAGAAAUGUAAUAUACCAGUGCAGAAAUCUAAACAAACACCGUUCUGUGGAUAUCACCAAGGUAUCGCCACCGAUGCAUCUGCAUCCGAGCAUGAAGCAGACACCAAUACCACCACCACCACCACCAACACUCCCUCAGAAAAGAAACAUAAAAGACAGAAAACAGAAACUUCACCAAAUAAUAAUAAUAAUAAUAGUAAUAAGAGUGUCGACACUCAAGAACAUCAUCAUAAAUCAUCACAUCGUAAAUCAUCAUCAUCAUCUUCGAAAUCAUCAUCGUCAUCUAAAAGUUCACCAAGUAAUAAUGUAGAACAAUCCAAUUUUCAAAGUCAUAUAACAUCACCGCUACCACCUAUUUUAACAUCGUUAAAGUCAUCGAUGACAACACCACCGACUCUGGCAGCUUCAUCUUCUUCGCAGUCGCCAAGUAAACUUUCACUUUCACCACCAACCACUGCAGAUGCCGCUGGCGGAUCGGGAAGUAGCAGUCAGUCCACUUCCAACAGAGGAUCGCCACAUCAACAGACCAAACAGCUGAUCGACGAUAUGGAUCGUUCGAAAUCACCACUGAACUUUGCUAACAAGUCCGACGAUGACGACGACCACGAACCGAAUCGUCUCGAAAUGGAUGUUGACAUCGAAGCGGAAAGCAGUAGCAGCGGUGACAAAUCACCAGCGAACAACCGAAAACAUUCCGACAUCAACGAUCACAAAUCAGAAUUAUAUAGUUCACCAAUCAAUAAUUAA